AUGGAGCCUUUAAUGGAUACAGCAGAUCGUACCUUAGAGACGACGGUCAGGAUUUCGUUUGCGCCAUAAGUAAGACCAUGGUAAGCCGCAUACUACAUCAAGUCACAAAAAUUUUGCAAAACUACUUGGCGCAACGAUAUAUUAUACUCCCAACAACAUUGGAGCAGCAGAAUAUAGUAAAACAACGUUUUUUUAAUGCAACUAGAUUUCCCGGCGUCUUAGGAGCGAUUGAUUGCACUCACGUCAAAAUUAAGAAGCCAUCAAGUGAUGUAGAAUACUGCUACAUUAAUCGGAAAGGAUACUUUUCCAAGAAUGUGCAAUUGGUGUGCGAUUUCGAUUUAAAUAUCCUGGGGUGCUUCGCAAGGUAUGGGGGAAGUACGCACGAUGCUUAUAUUUGGGAAAGCAGUAUAAUAAAAUCCCAUAUGCUAAAUGCUUACACUGCAAAUGGCUCUACUGGAUGGUUGCUUGGAGAUUCUGGGUAUCCAUUGCAGCCGUGGCUAAUGACUCCAUUCAGAAAUGUUGAGCAUGCCAGCCAACAGCGCUACAAUGAUAGCCACGCACGUGCACGAAACUGUGUAGAACGCCUUAAUGGAGUUCUAAAAAAGGUAUUUGCUUGCCUUUCACAAGACCGGGGGCUAAUGGAGGAUCCCUCAUUUGCUGGGUCUAUAAUUACUGCAUGCUGUACACUACAUAAUAUUCGAAAGAGAUUUAAUCUUCCGCUUCCUGAAGUAGAUCCACCUGCUGAUCUAUCUGACAAUCAAUCGUCUGGGGACAAUGUCGAAUUAGUACACGUUUUAAAUGAAGGAAGAGCUGUUCGAAAUAUUAUUACAAGAAAUCACUUUUAUAAUUAG